AAUGGUUCCCCAAAACUAUUGUCACUAUUAUCAAUCGCAAUUUUGCUUGCCCCCAUUGCUGUCAAACACUAGGAUUAUACAAUGUUAUUAUGAUGCCAUCUGAGACCUUGGAAUUCUCAGAAACACUGGAAAAGUGGGAGGAGCUCUGUGCACUGUCUAGCCUGUAUACCCCCCAGCUCUCCAGCUCUCCAUCUCUCCCUUUCUCCCCGUCCCUCUCAUUGCACCUGCUCCUGUCAAUCAGCGCUUUUCUGUGCCUGAAGCAACUGUCACCCCUAACCAUUCUGACGAUCAGGCCAGCUGGGAGCAAGGCACUGAAAAAAGAAUGUUAGCAUGUAUUUCCCCCCUAGACUGUGCCUUAAAUAUCUUCCAUGCAAUUCACCAGCGUUAAUUAUAGCUUCCACAUGCGAAAGAGACAGACCCCACUCAGUUGAACCAGCCAGUUUGCGCUUCUCUGAACCACACUUAAGAUCUCUACUUGGUGUUGUCAAAAACUAAAGGCCUAAAAUGUCUAAGAUAGAAGAAAUUGAGGAUUUAAAUGAGGAAGAUAUUGACGAAGAUGAGCUCCUUGCUAUGCUGUCACCAGAGGAGCUAAAGGAGCUUCAAAGUGAAAUGGACGUUAUCAUUGCUCCUGAUGAAAGUGUACCAGUGGGACAAAGGCAAAAAGACCAGACAGAAAAACCACCAACAGGAACAUUUGAUCACCGCUCGCUUGUUGAUUACUUAUACUGGGAGAAAGAAUCAAAACGCAUGCUUGAGGAGGAGAGAGUGCCUGCCACUUUGCUACCAAGUGAGAAAAUUCUAAGGGAUGAGGCUGAGAAGAAAGAACAAGAAAAAAUAGAUGAUAAUGUGGACAUUGUGUAUGAAGUGAUAGAGGAAGUAAUAACAGAAGAGGGUACAAACGGCGAUGGCACAGAAGAGAUUAUUGAAGAGAUUAUUGAGGAAAUUGUUGAAGAAGUUGAAGAAACGCACCCAAAACUCGAAGAGACUGAGAAGCCAGUUAUCAAAACAGAGCAAGCAAAUACCACAACAGAUGUUAUAAAAGAAGAGGAAGAGAUUGACAGUAAAAAGGUAAUUGAAAAGAGCAAAGAUGUCAUCCAAAGUACAGAAGAUACAGAAAAAAAGCCUCCAGAAGAACCAACAAUUCAAACUGAGAUUUCAAACUCGGAAGACAGUAAACAACAAGCACAAGAAGAGGUCAAAGGUGCAGACUCGCCUUCACCUGCUGAUGAAGAGAAGGAAUCCACUUACAAACCACCUCCGAAAGAAGAAAAGAAAAUCAACAAAUUAAAAAUUCCACAGCUAGCACUUGGAAAUAUAAAGAUGACUUCAAGACCAUCAGGUAAUGAGACAAACUUGGACUCCACUCUCGACAAAAUCCGCAAUAACAACCCAUCUGUGACUGAGGUCAACCUGAACAACAUUGAAAACAUUCCUAAAGAGAUGCUUAUAGAUUACGUCAACGCCCUAAAGAAGAACAAGCAUGUGAAAACUUUCAGUAUAGCUAACACUGGAGUCGAUGAAAACAUUGCCUUCCAAAUUGCAAAUAUGUUGAGAGAAAACCGCAGCAUCACAACACUCAACAUUGAGUCAAAUUUCAUUACUGGGAAAGGAAUUGUAGCUAUAAUCCGCUGCCUUCAAUUCAAUGAGACGCUGACAGAAUUGCGUUUCCAUAACCAAAGACAUAUGCUGGGUCAUCAUGCAGAAAUGGAGAUCUCCCGCUUGCUCAAGGCCAAUAACACAUUACUGAAGAUGGGCUACCACUUUGAACAGCCUGGUCCAAGAAUGGUGGUGACAAAUAUCCUGACGAGGAAUCUAGAUAGGCAGAGGCAGCUGAGAAAGGAGGAACAGAAACAACAGCAGUUAAAAGAGCAAAAAGAUAUGCUGCAAAUGUAUGAAAACAGUCUUAACCUACCACCUGGUCUACUACAAAUGCUGGGGUACCCAAUAGAGGUGUUACAAGAACAUGGGGUGAUUCCACCAUUGGAGGCUAUUACUGAAUUAAAUAAACAGGCUGAAAAUGUGCCCCAAAAGCAGCUUAACCACAACAGCAUUCCCAAAGCCAAACAAGAACCAGCACAGAAAAACCCUUUAAAGGAUGUCCAACUGAAGAGAACGCCCAAGAAGAGGGAUCCCUUUUUAGACAUAGACCCCCGAGAGAGGUCAGAUAAUAAGGCAAGUUUUCAGCUGAAGAAGACCCCCAGAGUGAAAGAUACAGGAGGCGAAGCGGCAACAGAUGAAAAACCAAACCUGGGAGCUCUUAUAAAGACUUUGAAACCAGUCCCACGCAGAAGAGUGCCCCCAAAAGUUGAUGUCACUCCAAGAGACAUGCUUCUAAACCAGAUCAAGCAGAGCAACGUGGCUUACCUCAAAUCUGUGCCACUCCCUAAAGCGCUGGAAUCAAGUGAAACAAGUCUCAUUUAAGGCUUGAUCUGUUAAUUAUGUAUUCACUUUCGAUGUGUCAAGCCAGUAAAGCUGUUACUAUGUACCCACACACCCAACUUGUUCAUCUCUGUCACUCAGCAUGUAUAGGUAUAACACUGCAGGAUGUCUUGCUAUUUAUUUUAAAGGUAGUUUUUUUUUCUUUUCUUUUGUUCAAGGUCGUGCUGGUUCAUUCACCUACACAAGAUAAGCAGUGUGUUUCUCAUUAAGAAAGUAUACUAGGGUGCCCCCACAACCUGAACAAUAAAGUGGUAUAACCAAUAGUUUGCUUUUUUGAUAAACAUUAACAGAUAAAGAACUGUACUGUGACUAGAGGCAGUAAGUGAUAUUUCACUAUACGGGAGUUACAUUUAAAAAACCUGUGGCACUAAUGUCUCAAAAGAAUCUAUGUAGUUCCCAUAGAUUCUAGAUAGAUAAAAUGUUUAUUUUAUACAAAUGGGUGU